GUACCCUUGUGUAGUUGACAGUGUAAGAGCUCUCUUGCAUCCUCUCUUUGUGUCGUUUCUGUUAUUAUCGGUGAGGGUAGCACGCAUAGCAACUCAUCAGCACGCAUACGACGCGCGGGACAGCAGCAGUGCUUCUUGCGUUCAGUUAUUCGAAAAGGAAAGCCAGGAUUUGAAAAAGAAAGUCUUCAGUUCCGUCAUCAUGGGACACGAGCAGGAACAGGUGCGUGUGCUGUCGAAGCAGGAGCUGCUGACGACGCACAUCGGCGAGCUCAACACGAACUACUCCGUUAAGCCGCAUCUCGAGUACACGACGAUCCGCGCCGUCAACGGUCCUCUUGUGAUUCUUGAGGAUGUGCGCAAGCCGACCUACGCCGAAAUUGUCAACAUCGAGCUGGCUGACGGUAGCGCGCGUCGUGGUAAGGUGUUGGAGGUGGAUGGCACAAAGGCUGUUGUGCAGGUGUUCGAGGGCACUUCCGGCAUCGACGUCAUGCGCUCCAAGUGCGAGUUCACCGGCAAGGUCAUGGAGCUGGGCGUGAGCGAGGACAUGCUGGGCCGUAUUUUUAACGGCUCCGGUAUCCCCAUCGACAACGGUCCGGCCGUGUUGCCGGAGCAGUACCGCGAUAUCGAGGGUAUCCCGAUCAACCCCCGCGCGCGUGUGUACCCCGAGGAGAUGAUCCAGACCGGUAUCUCGUCCAUUGACGUCAUGACGUCGAUUUCGCGUGGGCAGAAGAUUCCGCUCUUCUCCGGUGCCGGUCUCCCGCACAACGAGAUCGCGGCGCAGAUUGUGCGCCAGGCCGGUCUCGUGAAGCGUGAGGGCAAGCAGGAGGACUUCUGCGUCGUCUUCGCCGCCAUGGGCGUGAACCAGGAAACGGCCCGCUUCUUCCGUACCGAGUUCGAGCAGAAUGGCUCCAUGGAGAAGACGGUGCUUUUCCUCAACCUUGCCAACGACCCUACGAUUGAGCGCAUUGUCACGCCGCGGCUGGCCCUAACCACGGCCGAGUACCUCGCCUACGACUGCGGUAAGCACGUGCUCGUCAUUCUCACCGAUAUGAGCUCCUACGCUGACGCCUUGCGUGAGGUGUCUGCCGCCCGUGAGGAGGUGCCCGGCCGCCGUGGCUUCCCUGGCUACAUGUACACCGAUCUCGCCUGCAUCUACGAGCGUGCAGGUCGUGUGCUGGGCCGCGCGGGGUCCAUCACCCAGAUUCCGAUUCUGUCCAUGCCGAACGAUGACAUCACCCACCCCAUUCCUGACCUGACUGGCUACAUUACGGAGGGUCAGAUCUACGUUGACCGUCAGCUACACAACCGCCAGCUCUACCCGCCGAUCAACAUUCUGCCGUCGUUGUCGCGUCUGAUGAAGAACGCCAUUGGCGAGGGCAUGACCCGCAAGGACCACGGCGGCGUGAGCAACCAAAUGUACGCCGCGUACGCCAUCAGUCGCGAUAUUCUCGCCAUGAAGGCCGUCGUCGGCGAGGAAGCGCUGAGUAGCGAGGAUCUGCUGUACUUGGAGUUCCUCGGCAAGUUCGAGCACAAGUUCAUCUGCCAAGGCUUCUACGAGGCACGAGAUAUCUUUCAGAGCUUGGAUCUCUGCUGGGAACUGCUGCGCACCUUCCCGAAGAGCAUGCUGAACAAGAUCGACAUCAAGACUCGUGACGAGUUCUACGACCGCCAGCCGGGCCGCAAGUAA